GAGCUACGACCUCAUCAACGAGUACUACCGGCGCACCUGCGAGAUCUGCGACCGCGCGGACAAGUUCAACGACUUGGAGCUCCUCUUCGACAUGGCCAUGUCGAACUACCAGCAGCUGGAGGACUGCAAGGAGGACCUGAGGCUGCUGAAGGCGCUCUGGGACAUGAUUGUGCUCGUGCGCGAGACUUUUUCCGGCUGGUACAGGUACCUGUGGGACAAGAUCGACACUGAGGAAAUGAUGAACACGGUCAAGGACCUCAGCGCUCAGGUGCUCGGGCACUAUUAG